CCGCCCCCUCUGUCUCUCUCCCGGCAGUUCCUGCGCAUGACGAAACAGUACCUGCCCCACCUGGCGCGCCUGUGCCUCAUCAGCACGUUCCUGGAGGACGGCAUCCGGAUGUGGUUCCAGUGGAACGAGCAGAGGGACUACAUCGAGGCCACGUGGAGCUGCGGCUACUUCCUGGCCACCUGCUUCGUGCUGCUCAACCUCAUGGGCCAGUUAGGAGGCUGUGUCCUUAUUCUCAGUAGAAAUUUUGUACAGUAUGCCUGCUUUGGGUUGUUUGGAAUCAUAGCACUACAGACAAUUGCUUAUAGCAUUUUGUGGGAUCUUAAAUUUUUGAUGCGGAACCUGGCGCUGGGAGGGGGUCUGCUGCUGCUGCUGGCCGAGUCCCGCUCGGAGGGGAAGAGCAUGUUCGCGGGGGUGCCCUCCAUGGGGGAGAGCUCCCCCAAGCAGUACAUGCAGCUGGGGGGCCGCGUCCUGCUGGUCCUCAUGUUCAUGACGCUGCUGCACUUUGACCCCAGCUUCUUCUCCAUCCUGCAGAACAUGGUCGGCACAGCGCUGAUCAUCCUGGUGGCCAUCGGCUUCAAGACCAAGCUGGCCGCCCUCACGCUGGUCGUGUGGCUCUUCGCCAUCAACGUCUACUUCAACGCCUUCUGGACGGUGCCCGCCUACAAGCCGAUGCACGACUUCCUCAAGUACGACUUCUUCCAGACGAUGUCGGUCAUCGGGGGGCUGCUCCUGGUGGUGGCGCUGGGGCCGGGCGGCGUGUCCAUGGACGAAAAGAAGAAGGAGUGGUGAAGAUCUGCUGCCUCUCUGCCACCUCCACCGUGGCCAACGAGUUCUCUCUCUCUCUCAUUCCUCUGACAGCCGCCCAGCUCCUCCUCCUCCUCCUCCUCUUCUUCUUCUGUUUUUUUUU